GGCGGAAUCCUUUCGACCCCCAUCCUCAUGCUCUCUCCGGAUUUCAACGGCGAGCCUCCAUCGCGUUGUAGCCCCUUUCCAACCGAACCACAUCCCUUCGCUCGGCCGUUUUUAUGCCGGAGAUAUGACGGAUACAACCCCCCCUAUGCACGAAUUCCCCGACUCCGACUCCCUUCUGGCUGAACAUGAAGCACAACGGCCGCGGAAGAAGGUCCGGAAAGGCACGAGGAGCUGCUGGGAGUUCGCGAGCGUCGUCAACAGCAACCAAGUCGAUGUCCAUGAUAGGUUGGGCCGCAUGGAGAGGCUGGUUAAAAAGCUAGUUGAGCAGAUGACCCGAGAUUCCAAUGCGUUUUCGGGCAUCUUUCUGGGAGAUGGACUAUUUAGGUCAACCCCAGAUGCGAACAUCUUUGGCAGAAACAUUCUAGCCGGCUCAAUGCCUCUCCCCAGGCUGCUCACUCCAGACACAUCCAUUACCUGGGCGUGCGAUAAGCCAGUGGCGGCUAGUUCCAAGCUCGGCAAACUCUCUCAGAGACUCGCUGAAGCAUGGCCCAGUCAACACGAGCUUGAUCGCCUUUUGAGUGGCCAAGUCGAGUCCUCCGAAUCUCUUGUGCUUAAAGCCUCGGGCAUGCCCUAUUCUGGUUCCGCAUCAGUGCAAGACAUACUGCAGAUGCCACCACCGGGCUCCCACCCCGUAUUUGUUGCGCGAAAGCUCCUACUUCUCGGCAUAUUCUUACAAGGGCCUGUGGCCGGGCCUUUAUCUGAGGAUGCAGCAACAGAUACGAGUCCCAGUUGCUACAAUAUUGCGUCUGGGGUGGUGGAGGCAGCUAGCCUCGUAACGGGCAACGAUGAGCUCGCCAACUCAAUCGAAGGCAUAGAGUGCAUCAUGAUGGAGAGUCUGUAUCACGAUCUCGCCGGUAACCUCCGCCGUGCCUGGGUCGCCAUCCGCCGGGCAAUAACCAUGGCGCAGAUGAUGGGUCUACACCGAGGAGCCGACGUAGACACCCCGUCGCUGGAGGUAUUCGAUACCGGGCCUCGAGUUUUCAUCGACCCCCAGAACCUAUGGCUACGUCUGCUCCAGGCAGACCGCUACACAUCACUCAUGCUAGAUCUGCCGCAGAGCUCGCUCGACGAUGUCUUCGCAAGCCCAAGAGCGCUUGAGCGUUGCACAUCCCAGGAGAAGAUGCGGCGGCUGGACUGCCUCGCGGCCGGCCGCAUCCUGCAACGCACAACCGCCGACAUGAACGACUACACCACAACACGCGAAAUUGACACUUUACUGCAAACAGCCUCGGCCUCAAUGCCAGCGCAGUGGUGGCUCACACCAGACCUCAGCGCCACAUCCCUCACCAACCCCACCACCGCCCUCACCAACGGCACAACCCUCAUGGACCAAUUCGUGCACUUCCACCUCGUCGGACGCCUACAUCUACCCUACCUCCUCCAUCCACCGUCGUCAACAGAUCACACCAGCCGGCACGACCACACCUACAGCCAACUCACCGCCAUGACCGCCACGCGCGAGAUGCUCGCCCGCUUCCUCGCCUUCCGCGCCCUGAGCCCGACCGCCCCCUACUGCCGCGGCAUGGACUUCUUCGCCUUCAUCGCCGCCGCCACGCUCUGCGUCGCACACAUCCAGGGCUGGGGCUGGCGGCGCCGGCAGCACAACAACUACAACAACCACCACCAAAACCACAACCACAACACCAACCCCGAAAAAGACUCCAUAGAUAGUAGUGGUAAUGGCGGGAUGAUGAUAAACCACCUCUCCCUCCUCGCGCACCAGCGGCCCAGCGACCGCGGCCUGGCCGAGCGCACGCUGGUUUGCAUCGAGCAGCUUGCGGGUGUGCAUGUGGAUGACGUGGCGACGGGGGAGAUGGCGGACGUGCUAGGGCGGCUGCUUGGGAUGGAGGAGGAUGCGGCGCGCGGGGAUGGAGAGGAAUGGGCGCUGGAUGGUGUGGAUAUGGGGUUUGAGGAUAUCCUGGAUGGGUUGGGGCGAGGGUCGGGCGUGUCUGGUGAGGAACAGGGAAGACGAAUCAUGUUAUACAUUUAG